GAGAGAACAACGCUCUUCAGAGGACAACACAGGGAAUUUAAAGCCCCUGUACUCCAAUGCACAUGAAUAUUGAUUUAAUCACCAUAUUUUAAUCAUGUGUCAACACCGUAGUCCGCAGUAGGGGGACGUUUGUUUGCUGUCCGUGCACAUUUCUCGCACAUUUUGCUGGACUAUGGCGGUGGAGCUGGUGGGGAAGCGCUGCCUGUGCGUGAGCGGCGGAGAGUCGCUGGAGCUCGCCGGAAUCUCGCGCUGGAGCUGGAGAGCCGGAGUCAUCCGUGCGACCACCGACCCGCCUGCGCUAACGGUGUGUGUGCACUGGGAUGGAGAGCAGUGCACAGAGGGGAAGUGGAGGCGACUCAGAGAGGAAUGUGAGGUGGUUUUGUUGGAGCAGGAACUUGUCUGGGCUGCCAGAAGAACCAGCACCAAAAACAGCAGCGCGCAUGAAAAGAAAAGCUUGCAACCUGCCCUGAGAUUCAAGCCUCUUAUUGGGCAGUCAUGUGUGGGAGGCGUUUCAGUGGUGGAGUUCAUUUCUGACAGACAGUUGGAGUUUUACAUGGAAAAGGAGGAGCUUCAGCCAUUUGAGGAGGAGGCGGACAGUGGAAAUCCAGCUGUGCAAGAUGAUCCGUCUUUGCAGAAACAGGUCCAGGCCUGGCUCAAGCAGAACCACUUCCAGAACAUUCUUCAGCAAGGUGCUCAUCCUCUGAGAGGUCUGAAAGUGAAAGUGUUCAGGCAGGAAUCCAAAACCCAGUGGUUGUCUGGAGUCAUCACACACCACGACCAGGACAAGAGAACCAUGGCUGUCUUGACUGACCAGGUCCGAGAGAUUGUCAAUGUCAAUCCAUUGCUGGUACAGAUGACGUUACUAGAUGAUAUCUCACACUCCACACUGAAGGGAGAAAACUCAAAACGCAAAUCUCAUAUCACCAAGAUCAAAAGGAUUUUGCUUGGCACAGGAAACAGAUCAAGCAACACUACAGCAAAUGACCAGGUGUGCAGUUCCAGUCCAGUGCAGCAGCAGUCAGAACUGUGCAAACAGAACUGCAGCAUUGAAGAGGAUGAAAAAGACGAGUUGAAGGAGAAAAAGAUAACUGAUGAAGGGAGAGGAGAUUCCUCCAAAUCUAAAAACAGCUACAGUGAGAGAAAAAGGAGGAAAGAAGAGGAGGAGAAAGAUGAAAAGGAGAGGAGUAGAUGUGGAUUGAAAAGGUUGAAAGCAGGCAGCGUGUCCGAACUGUCUGAGAACAGCAAUUCUGAAAAUUCCAGCUGCAGAGUGCAAGAUUCAUCCUCGGAUUCAGGAUCAAAGAGACAGCUGAAACAGCGUUACACUUCAAAGAGGCAAUUGGACUGUGAGACUCAACCCUCCCACAAAUGUGGGGAACUUUCACCCAACCAAUUGAGAGAUAGCGAGGGUCAGAAAUCUGGCAAAACUACUCAGUCCCAUUCCCCUAGUGCAUCUUGCAACAGUGCUUUCAAAAACAUUGAGGCAGCAGAGUGUGGUGCCAGAGUUAGUGGCAAAGAAGAGGAGAGAACUGAUGGGGGGAUAUCAGUAAUAGAGGACAGGAGUGAGGGGGCAUCUCAGGAAGACUCUGAGGCCGUGUCGGCGCUGCUGGCAUCCCAAGCGAGCGAGCAGCUGGUCUCCAUGGAGACCACAUGUGCGUUAUUACACACAUCACCUGUGGAGUGUGAAGGUGCAGAGGUUCAUGAAAUGUCGACGUGUGAUCCUGAGGUCAGAAAUUCAGAGUUCACUCAUGUAGAGGCUAGGGGGUCGGAGUUUAGCCAAUCAGAGGUCAGGAGGUCAGAUUUAUCCCAUUCAGUGGCAAUUACACCCAGCAGUGACUCCACAGUCUCUGUAGAAGAGGAGCCUAGAGGAGCACCGCCUCACUCGCCCAUCAUAACUUGCAACAAAAAGGAGGUGGAUAUGCAUUCUAAACUGAGUUGUUCUCCAGGAAUGAUGAACACAGAAUAUGGACCUGUAAUUUCCUUGGAAACUAACCACAAGCCCGGUGUGCACCCCAGUCCUUGCCCCUCUCCAGAGAGCAUAUCAAACCCUCAGACUGUAUGUGAGUCAUCUAGACAGAAACAGAGUGCAUCCCAAGAAAUGGGCAUAUUGAAGGGGGGAUCUCCUGUGGCUGAAUCCGCCAUGGUUAGUACUCCUACUAGCUUAAAAAUGGCUCCCAAUCACAAAGUGACCUGCUCCGCAGCUCCAGUCCUGACCCAGUCCCCUUCUCCAACCCCAACUCGAUCCAGAACACCAACACAUUCUCCCCAUACACCUAAUUGCUCUCCCACCCCAGACAAGUCCACCAAAAGCCCCCUCAUUGUGGACAAAAAGGAGCCCUUCACUGUCUAUAGAGACCCUGCACUAGUGAGGAUAGAGCUGGAGACCCACCCCACCUACAGCCAGCCUCCUCACAUGCUCCCAAACACCAAACACCACCUGAAGACCCCAUCUCCUUCCUCCAGUUCUCCAAGUCUGACCCCUUCCUCCUCCCACAGCAGGCUACUAAGUCCCUCCCCUCACCCUGCACACCUUUCUCCAAUUCCUCUCCAUCCCCAGCCUCCGCUCUGCUCCCUCAGCACGCCUCAUUCAACCAUCCCUCACCCGCACCUUCUCCCAUCCCUCCUACCUGCACUCUCCCCAUCUGCCACAUUCCUGGCCGGCCACCCUCAUAUCGGAGCUCUGGGGCUUUCCCACCAUCCUCUAGCCCUUCCGGGCAACCCAUCUCUUCUGGGCCAGACUUCCGUCUCAGCUUCUCUGGCACCCCUUGGCCUUUAUCCCCUCCUCUGGCCCUCUUUCCCCAAUGGAACCCACAGCUAUGCUGGACUAGGCCUGCCAGCAUCCAAAUGGACAUACCCAGACACAGCUGGUAUCUCUGACAGCAGCAUGAGGAGGAACACCCCAAGCCCUUGGCUUCCUCAGCCCACCCCUGUGACGAGUGCAGAUGUUCAAGGGUUGCAACCUGCACUGCCUGUGCGACCCUCCAGUGCUGACCCUCAGAGAAUGUCCAGGACCUCUCAACCUUGCACACCCUCUUCCAAAACCACAGAAGAGUUUGACAGAAGAAGAAUCACAGAGAGUCCAAGCUCCAUCCACACUCACUUCAAGUCCGAGCAGGAAUGUGUCUGGGUAGCAGCGGGGAAAACCAGACAGACUUACAGCCCAGUUGCCCUUGAGUCGCCCUCGAGUCGAAUCAAGCAGCCACUUGUUGUUUAUGAUCUCACUGGUGAGAGGCCAAAUCGCUACCAGGAAGAGAACCGGCGCAUUCUUCAGGAGAGCAUUGAGGUGGCACCGUACACUGCGAAACUGGGCUCUAAUAGGGAGUCACGAUACUCUAGAAGCCCCACAUCCACCCUUCAUUCCAAGGAGCAGGAGAGAGCGAUGGAGAGGGAGAGAGAAAGAAAGCAAGACAGAGAGCUAGAAGUGACUGCAUUCAGACACACUCUUCCCCCCCGGCCGCAGUCAGCCCACCCCACUCCCACUCUUACACAGAGCAGCUACUACACCUCCCUUUCCAACACUGUGGAGAACAAACCUCCACAGCGCAGAGCACCAGCCAGUCAAGAACUCUAUGAGAGGCUCAGUGCCAGCAACACCGUUGCAUCUGCCAUGACUUCGUCCAGCUCACAGAGCUCCAUCAAGGCCAGACCUCCACCUCUUGUUAUACAGCACCACAAGAAAGAUGAGUGUCUACUGGGUAAGAUCACAGAGCAACUGGCUCAUAAAGCUUCCACAAUGGAACAACUGGAGGUAGCAUCUUUAGAGAGAAGGGGGUCAGGCUCUUCUCUCAUUUCGGUCUCCUCUUCCUCCCGCAAUGUGCCUUUACUCCACCGAGCCCCAAUUUUUCACCCUCCAGCACCUCCUAUCAUGGUUUCUAAAGACUCCAAACAUGGUAGAUUGUCCCCGCCCACCCUCACACCUAUUCAGCCAAUGAGCUUGUCUGGUAAAAGUGAGAAGCAGCAAAGACCGCCCACUCUGUUACCUGAACUCAGACAUACUGCUGUAGAUGGGAAAAGGCCUGUUCCAAAUAAAGUAACAGUAGCAUCACAAGCUUAUGAUACUCAUCGGGGUGGAGUUUUGCACGGUUUUGAGAGAGGGGCUGUUGGGAACACAACAAAUGGUGGUGUAGUCAGACCACAAACCGCCACUGCAUCAGUUAUUGUUCGACCAACAAGCCACACGCACACAACAAUCAAUUACACAGUCUCCAACAGUUCAGUUUCACAGAUGCAUUGUGGUCACAUGAGCCCUUUGGAAAGCUUGUCCAAUUCACACUCUAAGAAUGGUAGUGUUCAGCAUAAAAGAGGAGUUCUCUGGACCCCUCUGGAUACUGUUCACCCCAUCAACAUGGCGGCCCCAAAUGCGGAUCUCAAUACUCCCAUAAACAUGAAAACUACUUCUAUGAAUACAGCUCAACCAAGUUGCAGAGUGACGCACCUGUUAACAAAUAUGGACACCACACAUUCUAGAGUAGAUUUAAUCACCAACAACUGCAAGAGAAGAGAUGGUGGGGCUGUUCAGCCAAAGACAGAGCCUUCUCCCACCUCCUUUUGCUCUUCUAGGGACUUUCCUCAUCUAAAGAAACACAGAGCUGUUCUAGCUACUGUUGAAUCCAGAAAUAACACACAUACAAUUCAACCUCAACACACUAUGAAUUCGUCAAACGAAACGAUUCAUAUCUCACACCCCUCUAACAGUAGGUAUGGCAAUUCACUCAGUACAAACACAGUGUGUUCUGCCCAUGCUCUAGAAAGGGAAAAGGUGUCUGUGUUCAACCCCAGUCCUUCUAAAUGUCACAGUGUAGCAUCAGGGAUGGCCAACCCUGAACCCCUAACCAAACAAAGCUUGCUCACCAAGGAGCAGCCACCUGCCUCAGCCCUCAGCAUCCAAUCAGCUCAAUCAAGUCAGAACAACUAUCAUAAACUGAAAAAAGCCUGGUUGACACGCCAUUCUGAGCAAGACAGAGACAGUACAACCUCCCAAAUAGCAGACGGCACUAAGACAUCUGUAACUCUGACCAACACAACAAGCACCUCUGAGCCAAUCAAACAGGAAGUAAAUGGACUUCUGGAUAGUUUGUCUGGUCAGCAGGACAAAGAUUCUGCACUAGACAGCAGAAAGUCCAAAAUAUUGGACAGGAAGUAUGGUUCAGAGGAGAAGAAGCCUACUCAAGCGAACAGGAGAUCAGAGGACAGGAAAUCUAAUGGUAAUGCCACAAGUAUCAGUACAGAAGACAAAAAAUCAGUCAUAGUAUAUGAGAAACCAGUAAUGGCAGGCAAGAAGUCUUCCAUGGAGGACGUCAAACCUGUCUUGGACAGAAAUGGUAAGGUGUCGGGCAAGGAGUCCACCCCAGUGGACAAGAAGUAUAAUGGAAAAAGAUCAACCUUGGUGCAUAUAAAGGCUGAGGAGAAACGGGGGGAGAAACGGCCAUUAGAGUUCAGCGAGGGUGGAGACUCUGGCAAUGAGAGUGAGAGCGGUGGAUCAGGACAGACGUUAAAAUUGCAGUCCAAGCUCUCUUUUAAAAUAAAGCAGAAUGACCAACAGAAGAAGAAAGUGGAGAAUAAAGGAGAGGAGGAGGAAGAAGAGGAGGAAAGCAAACCGAACGGAACAUUGCAAAGUCCAAAAGACAAGACUCAACAGAGAGUGUCGAACAGUAAUGGCAUCCCUCGAUCUGUGCUGAAAGACUGCCGGAAAGUGAGGAAGCUCAAACAAACUGGAGAAACUUUCUUACAGGACGACUCAUGUUCUGAGAUAGGCUUCAAUGUGCAGAAAUGCCGGGAGUGUCGCUUGGAUCGCAUGCGUAGAGCUGAGGAGCCAGCCAUCUCACCCGUCUUUUGUCGAUUUUACUACUUCCGUCGUUUGUCAUACAGUAAGAACGGCGUCAUCCGCGUGGAUGGGUUUUCGGUGUCCGAGCAGACAGAUGAGGAGGCGGUUACAGUGUGGACGGGCAGCUCAGAGGACGAGGAAGACAAGAAGAGGAGACAGAUGGACCUUGAGAUGUCUAAAUACGUCCUCUCACUCAUUGGAGACAAGUUCUGCCAGCUCGUAAAGACUGAGAACACUGCUGUCACCUGGGUCAAAAAAGACACUCAAGUCAUGUGGAAACGAGCUGUGAGGGGUGUGAGGGAGAUGUGUGAUUCGUGUGAGGCCACUCUUUUCAACAUGCACUGGGCAUGUCAUAAAUGUGGCUUUGUGGUGUGCAUGGACUGCUACAAUGCUCGUGAGAAGAAAAAAGCCAAAGAUAAGGAGUUGUACACUUGGGUCCGGUGUGUGAAAAAUCAGCCCCAUGACCUGAAGAACCUAAUGCCGACUCAGAUUGUCCCAGAAACAGUGUUGGCGGACAUGCAGAGCUGUGUGCACUCAAUUAGAGAAACAUUUGGAAUCUCUUUCCACUGUCCCUGCACUGACAACAAAAUCCUGAAUCCCAACACAGUCACUACUAAUGGACUCUCACCACUUUCAGACAGAGAGCAGAUUGACCAGAAGUGCCGACAGACCCCAGAUCAACAAAAGGAUGGACAACACACCACACUGAGAUCGCACACUGAGAGAAAAGAGAAGGCAGGGUGUGAUGGUGUGGAAGCUCACAACAAGAAGUCCUCCAGUUCAGAACAAGGAUCAACACUGCGUGAUCUUUUGACAUCCACAGCUGGGAGGCUAUGUCUUGGGUCCUCUGGAGGUGCCUUUGCUCCAGUUUAUGACUCAUCUGAACAGGUAGCCCAAAACACUCGCAUACCCAACAUCCUGCAUGACAUCAUCGCUUCUGUAGUAGAAAAAAAGAUUCCUGCUACAAAGACAGCCAGGAUGGAGCUGAAUCUGGAUUUGCUGCCAGAGGAGGAGGCGGGGCAUCUACCAGAGGGGGUGGAGUUUGAUGAAAGCCCACAGGCUGAUCCCCACACCAUUGUUCCUCACGAUUGGCUUGGAAACCAUCGGCUGCUUUGGCUCAAAGAUCACCGUCACCUAGGCAACCAAAGACUGUUCAAAGCUAACUGGACACAAGAGCAGCCAGUACUUGUGUCUGGAUUGCACAAGAUUUUGAAUGCUAGCCUUUGGAAGCCUGAGCACUUCAGCCGUGAGUUCUCCAAUCUUCACAGUGACCUCUACAACUGCCGUGACGGGAGCAUUACAAACUCCAAGGUCAAGGAUUUCUGGGAUGGUUUUGAGGACGUUUCAAAGAGGCCAAAAUCUGCAAAAGGGGAGUCAGUGGUGUACAGGCUGAAAGACUGGCCAUCAGGGGAGGAGUUUCUGGCCCUAAUGCCUGCCAGAUAUCAUGAUGUGAUGAAGACUUUGCCAGUACCGGAGUACACAGACCCAGAGGCUCAUCUGAACCUGGCUUCACACCUGCCCUCCUUUUUCAUCCGACCGGACCUUGGUCCUCGCCUCUGCUGCGCCCACGGUGUGACAGCAUGCCCAGAGCAAGACUUCGGGACCAGUAAUCUGCAUGUUGAAAUUUCUGACACUAUGAGUAUUCUGGUGUAUGUUGGGAUGGCCAAAGGAAAUGGGGCCCCUUCCAAAACAGGUAUAUUGAAGCUCUUGGACAGAGAAGCUCUAGAUGAGAGUGUAAAGAAAAGACUGAGAGACCCUAAUGAGACUCCAGGUGCUCUGUGGCACAUCUACAUGAGUAAAGAUCUGCCAAAAAUCCAGGAGUUUCUACAAAAGGUCGCUGCUGAGCAGGCUGAGGCAGAUCCAGACUCAGAGUGGGACAGUGAUGCAGACCCCUUACGUGAGGGCAGCUGGUAUCUGAGCCCCAGGCUGAGACAGAUUCUGCAGGAGGAACAUGGUGUAGAGAGCCACACACUCCUCCAGUUCCAUGGAGAUGCUGUUAUCAUCCCUGCUGGAGCUCUGCACCAGGUGAUGAAUCUGCACAGUUGCAUCCAAGUGAAUGUGGACUUUGUGUCCCCUGAACAUGCACACAACUCCUAUUACCUAACCCAGGAGCUCCGCCCUUUCAAAGACCAAGUAAACUAUGAGGACAAACUCCAGGUGAAGAAUAUCUUUUACCACUCGGUGAAAGAUGCUGUGGCCACACUGAGAACGCAUUUGAAGGAGAAAAGCACAGAGGUGGUGAAAGAGGAGUCCUGACGGUGCUCUUCUUUCUUCUCAGUCCAAUCACUUGGAGAAUAAAGACAAUCUCAAGAUUCUCCAGGCAGGAACCUUGUAGACGUGAUACCAAGAAAAUGGACCUUUCAUGUGCAUCUCUGCAAGGCUCUGUCUCUUCCUCUAUGAUGUCACUGUCUUCUCUUUGAUUUGAUUUUCCACUUCCCCAUUGUGUCUUCCUGCUUAGAUAGGAAGUGAGGUAAGGGGUGUUGGUACACAAAACAGAGAGAUGAAAGUAGUACAGUGUGCUCUUGAGCCAGGGGCAAAGUAUUGGAAAGAACAACACUGGUAAAUACACUUUUUUCCAAAGGCGAUAAAGAUUUGUGACAUUUUCUUUAUCAGUAGUUCUUGCGCUGCUAAGUGUUUGCCAUGCUGUUUUUUGGACAGUUUGGAGAGAGCAGUGAUUCCAACACAAUCAGAGCACCAUUACAUCAUGCUAGCGGCUGCCAAACUGACAGCUUUUAUUAUGUUUAAAGACAACAUUAAAUUAUUUACAGUUUGGCAAGUAUUCACUGUGCAGAGGGAGAAUUUGAGAGAAAUUGCAGUCUAUUUGGUUUGUAUAAAAAUUUGUGAAAUUUUUAACUGAAAUGUACAAUGUAAAUA